CUUGGAGCACCCUGAGGACUCAAGCACACAGGAAUUCUGCUCAGAAAACAACGUUUGUCAAAGGACCAUGAGAUUGUCUGUAAUCCUUCUGCUUCUCCAACUGUGGGGGAAUGUGGAAAUGUCUUCAUCACAGAAUGCAUGUUCGAAGCUUCCAGAUGUUCCUCACGCCCAGGUGUCAGAUCAGCAACAGCAGUACCAAGAAGGAGACCUGAUACAGUUCACUUGUAAACCUGGUUAUACUGCAUCAGUUCCAGCCAUGAAAUAUUUAUGCAUGCGUGAGGGCUGGCGGGCAGUUCGUCAAGGAACAUGCUACUUUUCAGGUCCAAACUGUACCCCCCCACCUGCAGAUGCAGGUGUGAUAGUAAAAGGUUUACCAGAAAAUGACGAUCCCAUACUUCCUGACAUCCUUCUCACAUUCAGCUGUGAUGAUCCUGGGAAAUAUCUGAAUGGCAGUUCAGUGCUGACAUGUGGUAAAGACGGACAGUGGGAUAAUCCAUUCCCCUCUUGUGAAGACAUCACUUGUGAGGCUGGCGUGAUGCUCCCUCAUCUCAUUGUAGCUGGACUACCACCAGCAAAUGAAACAAUGAAGAUUGGACAUAAAUUACAGUUUAGCUGUGAUGAUCAAUAUACAAUGGAGGGGUCUGCAGAAAGUGAAUGUGUCCAAACUGGGCAGUGGAGUGCAGCCUUUCCAACUUGCGCUGAAAAUUGCAAAGUCACAGGUGUAUCAGGCAGCGUUCUCCUCAUCGAACGUGUACGAGUAAAUCAACUAAGAAAAGGAGAAAAGUUAACCUUUCAGUGCAGGAGGCGUGGAGACUUUCUUCAAGGGAAAGCAGUGGUCACAUGUUUAGCAGAUGGACAGUGGAGUGAUCCCUUCCCAACAUGCGGAGCUCCUUUGGGUUGUGGUAAACCACCAUCACUUCUAGAUGGAGACAUCAAGACAUCUCUUCAGUUCCAGUACAGACAUAAUGACAGGGUUGAAUACAUCUGUGAGAAUUUCUACACUAUGGAGGGUCAGCCUUACAAAACCUGCAUCAAUGGUGAAUGGACUGGACAGAUGAGAUGCCUCAAACCCUGCACUGUGGACAGAGACGCCAUGAACGUACAUAAUAUUGCCUUCAGAUUUAUAUAUGACGAUAAGCUGUAUUCAGCCCAUAAUGAUGAAAUCGAGUUCAUGUGUACAAGACGAAGAACACUUGUUGGUAGAUAUGGCCUGCGUCAGAAGUGUGUUGAUGGUGUGAUGCACCUUCCCACUUGCCAGUAAAGCUUUUUAGUCAACUGGAUAUGAUAAACAUGAGCUGGCUGGACAAACAUGUAAAUGAUUAAUCAAAGUAAAUAGUUAGACCAGUGAUGUUCUCCUGAUGCAGUGUCUAUACUUUAGUGCUGUGUGUGGUCAUUUUAAUAAAACAUAUAUCUUCCCUCA